UGCUCGGCUGUCGCUCUGACAUACACACACUCACUGAGGAGGCAGAUAACUGUGAUUCCACUGUUGAAUUUUUAACGCUGUUGUGGAACUUUUUUUUUCCUUCCACCAGGCGGGUUACUGUGGCACCAGGGUACGGUUACAGCGUUACACCGACACAGGAGGGUUCACUUCAGUCCUGCUGCUCACCGAGGCUGGAUGGAAAGUGUGUGCGAACGGGCUGAGCGGCCCAUUUGGUCCUGAUGCUGUCACCAUAGCAACAUGACCCUCAACACCCAGAGAGAGAAGGAGCCCCUGCGGAGGAGAGGCAGCACCCCGAUCCCGCCACUCUACCAGCACCCGUCUUGGCCUCAGGACCCCCGGACACUCGGCGGCGCCCAGCCCGACCCGGAGCAGCCCCGACCCCAGCGGAGCCACCCUCCUCUAGGCCAGUCGGCCUCCUACCACCCCGGGGACACAUCCCUCCACUACCGGGCUCAGUGGAGCUCGGAAUCGGACGACGACUCGCAGAGCGACUCGGACUGCGUCUACAGAGUGGUGCUGCUCGGCGACCACGGCGUCGGAAAGACCAGCCUGGCAGGAAUCUUUGCCGGGAUCACAGAGAAAGACGAACAGCCUGGAGAGGAUACGUAUGAGCGAACGCUAACCGUAGAUGGAGAAGAAACCACACUCAUCGUCAUGGAUACCUGGGAGAAUGACAAACUGGAGGGGGAGGCUGCCUCGUCUCACAACGACUGUUUGAAGGUGGGAAGCGCUUACGUCAUCGUCUACUCUGUCACCGACCGGUCCAGCUUUGACUCGGCCGCUGAGCUCCGCAUCACGCUGCGACGCACCCGCCAGGCCGAAAACCUUCCCAUCAUCCUGGUGGGGAACAAGAGUGACUUGGUUCGGUCCAGAGAAGUCACUGUAGAAGAGGGCCGAGCGUGUGCGAUUGUGUUCGACUGUAAAUUCAUCGAGACGUCGGCGUCUUUGCAGCACAACGUCUCCGAGCUGUUCGAGGGCGUGGUGCGACAGAUCCGCCUCCGUCGGGACGGCAGCGAGGCCGUCCAGCGCCGACACUCCAUCUAUAAACGCAAAGAGAGCGUUACCCAGAAGGCUCGGCGCUUCCUGGACCGACUGGUGGCACGCAACAACCAGCGCAUGGCGGUGAAAGUGCGAUCCAAGAGCUGCCACGACUUGGCCGUCCUCUGAAGAUGCAUGUCCAUUGGGAGGUUUUCUGAAGUCCUCUGGUUGUGGAUGGUGGUGUCUGUGGUGAUUCUGGCUCUGCAAGGGACAAAAACAAUCAGCAGCGAACUGAGUCAGCAGACAGUUAAAGAUGAACUGUGUGAUCAGCUCAUUUCCCCCGUUUGAACAUUUGGUGUCAAACUUUUUGUGACUUUUUCUCCAGAUGACCUAAAUGUAAAGCUACCAGACGACUUUAAAGGAUCAUCAGCGUAGGUUGAAGGUUAGAUGAACAUUCAGUGAGUGUGUGGGAACAGUUGACACCGUCAUGGAGGAUGACUUCCUGCUAGUUUCCACUGUGUUCACUGUGCUGUUUCUUGAGGUUUCUACUGUUUUCAGUUCAACACUGUGCAAAAUAAAGUCUUAAAUUAACA